AGAUAAUGAUCCUGCACGCACGCCUAGAGAGCAUUUGUCUGUGAGAUUGAGAGUUCUGUGUUUAGGCGACGAGAGAAUCCAAAGCAAUAUCUGUUUCAGUUGAGUGACCUGCCUUCUGAAUUUUGUGUUCAUUUGCUCUGAGAGGUUUGCCUGCUUAAUAUGCGAAGAUCCUCUGUCGUGUGUUCAGUCUGAGUUUGAGAAGAAACGCUUUUUCUCUUGAUCAUGCUGGUGUCUGGUCAUCAGCUUGGAAAAGAAGAAUCUUUGGCUUAUUUUUCUGAUUGCUUUUACUGAAUAUCUCAUCGUUUGACUUCAUCUUACACAACAGCGCCCCUUUUUCAGAAUCCCAUCCUCAUUAGUGUAGUCCUCCCUUUGUUUUUAAAAAACCGAGUUUGAACUUAUUCGUCCCUUGAUUGUCUUAGUAGUGAUAUCUAGAUUUCCUUAUCCUCACCAGUCUUAGUUAUACAUAUCCUUUUUGUUGAGGCUACCUACUGAUUCCUACCGCCCUAUUCUCUUCGUUGAUUCCGUGCACGAAGGUAUUACUCGUUUAAGCUCGUUUGAGCUCGCUUAGGUUGCGUUGUGUGCAGGUUUUUUGUUAACGAACCACGCGCUUCCGCAUGAAUUCUUCUUGUAUCUGAAUACAAAUUUCUUGUUCAUCAAUAGUAAGAGCUCCAGAGUUAUUUUUCUUGAUUGAUGAUAUCUGAAUUUUGAUAUAAGUAGGAUACAUAGUCCCUUUUACUGAUACUAAGUAGAUCUUUUGUUCCUCGUCUUGAUUCUACUCAAAUUUUCCCUCUGUCAUUCUCAUUGUAUUGUUUGCGCUUCAAUAAAACAAAAGAGACGUAAAAAUGGCAACUGUUUGGGGCUGGGGAACCCUGUCCGUCGACCAGAAUGGGAAUCAUAUUCUCAAGGUAGUACUAUCUUGGAGUUCAUUCAGUUGGUAUCCAAGCUAAUACUGGUUAGCGCUACCUAAACCUAAGCAUGCACACAACCAAUUCCUAUGUGUCACAUCGAUUUAACUGUAUCAACUGGUCUUGUCUUUCAUCUAUUCACCCUUAUUCAAUCGAUCAAAAAAAUCUGUCCCUCCAACAACAACUCCAUUCAUUUUGAAUCAAAAAAACUACAACCCGGUACAUCGUCCCAACAAAACAGAUGGCCAACAGCGAGAAGGAGCAGUUGAAAGCAAAACCAACGAAUGAUCCAGAGGCUUCAGGUUUGGUAAUGGGCGUCGCGAGAUCUGAGUGGGAAGCGAGCAGUGAGGAUUUCCGCUUCUUUGCACCCGAACAGUUUCCUUCAACGUCGACGGGCUCUUCGACGAUUAAUUUAUGGAUUGAAGGAUUUAUAACACAUGUUGAACUUGAACUUGACAUUUUCACAAGUAUUCAUCUGCCAAAAGAUUCGAUUUGAACCUAUCUAUCUAUCUAGUAGUGUCUUCGUCUUGUGUCUUUCGAAUUCACAAUGCUGAAUUCGGUGAUAAUCGCGCUUUCAUGGUUUUUUUUGACUUCUCUAAUACCCGGCGCUUUCUGCGCGGAGACACCGAAUGGUCAGAAUGUGCCAGGUUUUCCGAGUAUGAUGCCAGGCGUGACGACAUACAACGGGACCCCUUACAACCCUGAUGCACAACAGCAAGGCUUCGGUACAGUGGGAGGUGGAGCAGGAGGUAGUUCACCAGGACAGCACAGAGGUUCCUCGAGGAAGAACUCGAAGACCGGCAGGAGUGAUCCUGGUGUACCAGGAGUCGGAGUUGGCUCAGGCAUGGUUGAUCCGACAAGUGCCACACUCCUGGGUACAAAUUGUAAGGUGAGCACAACGUGGAAUGGCGGAAAUUCGCCGAAUCACGUGUCAGCACCGCAGAAGGGGUUUGCAAGCAGGAUAAAGAAGAAGAUGGAAGGAGCAUCGCCUAUUGUGAAUCAGUAUCGUGCUGGAGGUGGCUUUUCACCGGUGGCGCCGACGUCAUAGGAGGACCUGCGGAGGAAACGGUGAUAAAGAUGGAAAACCACAAUUCAUUGAAUAGACACCAACAACAUUGUUACAAUCGAUCUUCAUAAUUACUCAAAUCAUGUCCACAACAAAAAGUAGGCAGUCUAAAAAAGAUUAUGAUUGACAUUGAGUUCAAGGAGUAUGAAAACAAAACAAGGAUCUUGAAUUUGAAAUUCUAGAAUUCUUGAGAACGAGUACCUCUCCAACGAUGUUUGUAUUCUAUGCUCAAUUAAUUGCUUGGUGCGUGCUAUUCAUUUUCGCUCGCGUGCAGUAGUAUUGCCGCUUCGGGUUCAAAAUUGAGACGUAUUGGAGGUGCUAUACGCAUGUAAACAUUUGCAGUUGGUGGAAUAUAUGUUGAGUAAUAGUAUGGAGGAUUUUUUCAUUUUUACAACAACAUAUGAUGAGCUGGAGCUGCUUCGAGUAGUAGGAAUUUAUUUUGUACUAGUAGGUUGAGGUUUUUUGAUUAGAAACUCCGGCGACAAAGAGAAAGAUCACUGAGGUCACGUCUCAUGAUCUAUCAUACAGUUUUUUGUUGUUGAUUUGGUUAGACUUGAUAGGCUAUCACUCGGUUUCCUUGCUCUUCUAACUAGAAGGUACAGGGAGGCCGAAGCAACCUCAAUACCAUUUGAUAGGAUGGGUCACGAGGUAACCUGACAUGACAUUGUCUGACCUGAUAUUAGCGGCGGAGAGGCGAUAUUUAGGCUGUGAAUGACUGAGGAUUAGUUGACUCACAGAAAAGCAGAGUCCGAAUGAAUCUUGCAACCUCACCACUUCGACAGUUAUGUACGUGAAAAACAUUUAUUAGCAAGGGUCCAAAUUCAAAAUGAACAGAUUCCCACCCUGCCACUGUCUUGUGAAGGGGCAGGUAAAGCCAAGCUGUUG